UUGUCUUUUUUUUCCACAUGAUGGCGUUGUUGACCAAAUAUAUUCAAACCUGAUGGUGACUUCUUCCAAAUUCCUUGUCUGCUACCGUGUAGAUGAAAUAUUUUCAAACUGUAUUUCACACCUCCACUUUCUUUCCCUGUCAUUGAUAGUUACCACACUAACACUUUCACAUGACUUGACACACCUCUUCGUCUUUUUUUUCCCACAUGAUGGCGUUGUUGACCAAAUAUAUUCAAACCUGUAAUUAAGUGGAAACUCUCAUCAUUGAUAUCCCUUGGAGAGACCAAAGCCAAACCCCUAACUAUUGAAGUCGUCUAAUGUGGCCAUCACUUUCUUCUCGCUCUUUAAGUUCUCAAUCUUCCCUUGCAGUAAGCAGGUUUACUCUCAAGAGUACAUUGGAUAGCUGUCUACCUCCUCCAUGCCAUUCAAUUGAAGGGAAGGAAUACUGCUGGAACUCUAAUGGCAGAGAUAGUCAGUUCUGCAAUUGUCCAUGAGACAGUUAGCCAAAUCCUAUCUGGUCUUGUUCAAAAAUAUGAGGUGAAAGAGGAAUCAAAUUCGAGCAAAAACUUGGAGAGGCUAGAGAUGGCACACAUCAAGAAGGAAUCUGUGCUCGACGUGACCGACAAAUGGCAAAUCACCGGUGUGCCACUUCUACGGUGGCGGAGCAAGCUGAAGCGUGCUGCCCAGGAGUGUGGUGAUACGUUGCAAAGGUGCAAGCAGCGUGUCAUAGAAGAGCAAGAGAUCAGGCAGCGGGUGAGUCAGUUAUCAUAUGCCAAGCGGAUUGCUUAUGCUACCAAGUCAUUCAUCUCAUCUAUUACUCGAUCUAGUAAUGAUGAGUCAAGAAGUACUUCUACUUAUGUUGUUCAAAGAUUUGAGAGGUUUGCAGAUGGAGCAAAUGAAUUCCUUAAGUUUGUUGAGUUCAGUGGAACCCCACGCCAGUACAUGUUCUUCGACCAUUUCAUCAGCAAACUUCUUAGAGGGAAGUCUCUUAGGUACCAAGCAUUCCAAGGAAGCACAUUUCACUUCUUAGGCAUACGACCCAUGAGCUCUCCGGAUCGUGGUAUAGAGGUGACGGUAGGCUUUGUUCGCCAUGACUUCAGGGAACUUACAAAGGGUUUCAGGCUAGGAUUCAUGCUACGUUUCUCUGAAAGUACAGAUGUAUUUGGUGUUAUAAUCAAGUGCAUGCAGUCAGUCGCACCUCACUUCAUGUUUGCAGCUGAAGGUGUCAAGAGACAGCUCAUCCAGUUGCCUACCCAGGAUUUUUCUUGGGUAACACAAUCUCCUUAUGGUGAAAGUGCAUACUGGUUCAAUGUCCACAACACUUUGACUCAAAGGUUUCGUCCAAACCCUCUGUGCUGCAAUCAGCAUGAGCAGAAUUUGAGCGUUUCAUCUAGAACCAACAAGACAGCAGCUUCAUCGUUGAGACUAUUGUCAAGUAUAUUUCCAGAGGAGGUUAUCUCAAUGUUUUUGCAGUGCCAUGUCUCACUAUCUGAUGAUCAUAAAUACAUUCAAAGUUCUGGUGUUGAACACAAAGGAAGUAGUUCUGUGAAUUCAGAUAUGCCUCCCUUAAAGCUAGCAGUUUUGUUCUUACCACAUGACUCCCCAGAGGAUAUAGAGAAUGAAACCGAGAGCUAUGCUUUGGAAGUGAUUGGUGAAGAGGUGCAGGAAAUGGUUCACAAGAAUGCAUGCCUACAAGAUAUCGAUGAGAAGUUGCUGCCAAAAGCCAUAGAUGUGUCUGAAGUCUAGACAUGGCACUGCGAACCUUUGUGUGGAGAAGACAAGAAAGCGUCGAAGUAAAGCCUCCAGAUCACGAAUUUGGGAUAAAAGGGUAAUCCAACGGCGAAAUCUUUUCAACAUAGCAGGAUGGAAGGAGGUGGCCAAAGACUUACUUAAGCUUUGGGUUGUGCGUUCAUCUGACAAGAUGGAAGGCUUGAUCUGAUUCUGCGCCGGCCAUGCAUAACUUGAUGGGUCAGCAAAGUGAAAAAUAUAGCUGAUCAUUUCCACAUAUGUGUAUGUCUAAUGUCUGUGACCCUGUGUAUGUGCAUUGCAUCUUGUACUUCAGUACUUGUCCAUGUCAUGUAAGAGCUCUGUAUGGUAUAUAUACUUUCUUCACGAUUGUUGUGCUUCCAUCAUCUACCAAGAUCUGUUACUCGAGCAGCUUGCGGAGCUGGAAAAAAAAACAGAAGAUGAAGCUUAACAACUUCAAUUAGCGCAUAGGAUUACCAUUACGAGUGGAAAGCUCAGGUUAGGCAGCUUAGCACGCCUCAGCAACUUUAAUUAUUGUCCACACCACUGCACUGUUACUGACCAGCUGACUGCAACUUUUUCCAUUGGGAGACUUGGACGAUGUCACUGAAUUCUUGGUCUCUGCUACUGCCAUCUUAUUAUGUUCUACUCUGGGGACACCUUUGACCAAUGACCAACAGUACCAUUCAGAUUCAAUGAAGAAGAGAAGAUCAGAAGGCUGGUGAACCAAAUUACACGGCAUCAAGUAAGAAUAAGAACUGUAUUUUGUUUAACAAAACUUCCUUUGCCUACCCUUUGCAGGGAAUCUAUCAUGAAAGGACUAAAGAGUGAUUUAACCCCUCUUUAUUAGUGUGCCUAACUGACUAGGUGCUGCAAGUUGUGUAUCGUUCUAUCUGCAUAUUCCAAGCUGCCCAAUGCAGGGUAGUGGAAUAUUUCCAAGAUGCAUAUUUCACUUUUUCUUUCGCAGCCGUCUGCUAGUUAUCACACCAAUCUCCAUUUGAAUUUCCAUGCAACUUGAACGCACCUGUUCCACUUUUCAACACUCAAUGCAUGUUUACCAGUUGAGUAUUAAACACGUACAAAGUGGUGACUCUCAAAGUCUUCUUGAGAUUCAAUUAAAAGGUAGGUUCUUACAUCGCUAAUAAAACUUUUCUUGUGAUCUCCGAAGUUGAUAUCUGUAGUCUCUCCUGUAUUAUGUAUACUUUACAUGUUGAAUUUCCUGAGCAGGGAAGGGACAGCUAGCACAUAUGCCUGAAUCCUAAUGGCGGAGAUUGUCAGUUCUGCUGUUGUCCAUGAGACAGUUAGCCAAGUUCUAUCUGGUCUGGUUCAGAAAUAUGAGGAGAAAGAUGAAUCAAAUGCGAGCAGAAGAAGGAUUCAGUAGUGAUGACAGACACUGAUAAACCCAGCAUGUCAGUAGAGUUCAACAAAUGCAGUUACAGGUCCUAGGACUGAUCGGGGAAUGGAAAGCCAAUGUGCAGUAUGCUCUAAGUUAGGAAUUUAUGCUUGUGUAACACAUAGCUCUUGAUAGGGUUGUUAAUGUGUGUUUGAUUUGUAACACGUCAUUCUUGGUGUUUGAUAUGCUGGGUAUUACUACAUGGUCUUGCUUCGCCAUAAAUGUAAAUUGAGUUGGGGUUUGUGAUAAAAACUUCUAUAAAUAUUAUGUACCAUUAGCGACUAAAGAGGAUAUCAGAAUGUCUCAUGUUUAUUUUCAGUUACUUCA